AUGGAUUGGCCGGAACGAACAAGUGAUCACCGAACAAUCACCGUCGAGAACAAUCGUCUUUUUCCUGAGAUCCCGUCGCUAUGUGUGAAGUUCUCGAUGAGUUUCGGUCCGGACUGGCGUCACCUUUCUGGUGCCAUAGAAGGCUUGUCGGCCACCUGCUACCGCGGUGAUUCCCACCGAUUCGUCCUGGAUCUUCCAUUCACGGCCACCUUCUCAAGUACGAAUCCUUUUAAGUGGCCGCAAAUGGUUCUUUCAUGCUAUGGGAAUGAUCUUCUGGGCCAUGAUGUUGUCCGUGGUCACGGUGCUCUCCCAAUACCGACAGUUCCUGGAAGUCACACCCGUGUCGUGCCGUGCUUUGUCCCCGAGGCAUCAUCGAAUUACCAGAAAAUUGUCGGGAUAAUUAGUGGAAGAAGGCCGGAGUUCCUUGACCCUGCCCAUGUUGCGAAGCCAGACGCUCGCCACGGUGCGUGCCAUCGCAUUUUUUCUACGCUUUCCAUUUACUGCUUCGUUUACUGUAAAUUGUGUAGACAAAUAGACCUUCAGUCAAUGUUUUAUGUAUUCGGCUUCAAAAAAGCAGUGGAAACCAAGUAUUUUAAAAGAUUUGUUCUGUUAUCUGGCGAAUGCUCGAUCACGAGGUGCAGUUUGAACGAUCACUUUCUGAAAGGAUGUAAUGCCUCCAGAAUAAAUCUUGAAAGUGAGGAAAAGUAG